AUGAUAUCGCCUAAUGAAUCGGGAAAUGAGGACAAUGUUUUCCCGAUGUUACCAGGUUUUCUUCGAGACAUAACGUCCAUAAGGAAGAACAAUGCUCAAAUCCAGAAUUUUGAGCGCAUUUUUUUCAGAAACAGUCUUUAUUCUGACGUUAUUAUGCAGUCUGAACAAACUAAGCUGAAAGGUGAUGUCAUUUGUCCUACAACCGCUGACACGCCUGACGGGCUCAAGGAAGACGUGAUAUCCUUAGCCUCAAAUGGAAACAAAAAUGAGCCACCUGAUUUUCAGGUUCCCCCCAAAAGUCCGAAUUCCGUAGCCCUCUCCGACGUUGACGAUGUGAUUCAACGGUUUGCACGGUGCGCAGAAGUCGAGAUAAUGUGUAAGGACAUCGCGAAGGAGAUUGUGGAGAGGAGUGCCGAACUCUAUGCGGCGUGCUUGUUUGAUGCGAUGAAGUGCCUUUACACGUCUUUUUCCGUCUGGGAUGAGCUGCGCGGGAUGGUCGCACAUUCCUUCCUCACACGCGACUGCCGUACGGGGGCCGCGUGCCCCUCCUCCCCCCUCCCGGCGGCCUCCUUUACCCUCCGCGCUGCGGACCAGCUCCACCUGGCGGCGAAGCGAGAGCGGAGGGGGAACGAGGACGCGGAGUGGCUCAACGCCGGGAGCCCCCCUCAGUUGAUUCCCAUGGAUGAGUACUGCCGCUACGUCGUGGAGCGUCUCUUCCCCUCCUCCCGCCCGUCCCUGUCGGAGCGAAACACCAGUAAGCGGACCAUAUCCUAUAUUGCCACGCAAACUGGACCAUCUAGCGUGCAAACUCAUUCUCUUGCCAGUGGGGAGGGCAUAGGUGGCAACAAAGUACUGGGCUUGAGUUCUGAAUCUCCGGGGAGACACACUAGCCAAGAAAGUAUUUUAAGUCUGAACCAUGACGUUACCGAUUCUCCUUCCGUUAACGUUAAAGAAAACUCGAUGCGAACACGGAGAAGCGGUAGCUCUUCCUUCCGAUUACGAUCGGAUAAGUCGAACAGUCAAGGUCCAAUUACUGCAGCCAAAUGGUCAGGAGAUGGAACGAUACGAAUCGCUCCCUCGGUUCAUGAUAGGCCUACACCUCCUAUCACCCAUUCCGGGAAGGGCACCGCUGGAGCGUUUAUUCGGCGUGUCCAUGCUAAAAAACUUCCUAAGCUUGACAGUACUCAUCCCAAUAGGAUCAAAGAUAAACAGAAAGGUGUCAAUUAG